AUGAUCGUGCUCCAGAGCCUAUACUACACGGGUAUUCAGCAAGUUCCUGAAGGCUGCAAGUGUCAUCAAGAUAGCCUGGCUCACGCCACAAUCGACUACAUUAUCCGCGAAUUCAUAACCGGUAGUAUCCAUGCUCUACGUGGCCUCCAAAUGAUGCGCAACGCGCUGCCAAGUUCAUGA